CCCGCGGGACGCCGAUGGCCGCUGCCGAGCCCCGGCCCGGCGAGCCCCAGAAAGAUGCAGAAACUCGUGAACGAGAGCCUCCAUCUUGGAAUUUUCUGUCAGACUCCCAGAUAAGUGAUUUACUAGGAGAAAAUAUAGAUGGACUUCAAAAAAAAAUGGAAGAAUUCUUGAAUUUCAGGCAACUUCAGACGUCUUUAAAGGAAGCCAUUCUUCUAGACUAUUAUGUGUCAGGAUUCUGGUGGGCUAAAGAAAUUAACUUCACCCUUCCACAACUAUCAAAAUUUAUGACUCUGCUUUAUACGUUACUGGAGAAUCUUAGCGCCAAACAUAUGUUCCUGGAAGACAAUAUAAGAGAACUGGGAAAAGCAUUGGCUGUAUUAGUACAGUCUCAUUCAGAAAAAAGUGAUGAUCUGGAUUUCUUCAGUGUUGACCAAGCCAAUGCUAUCACAGACUAUUUGAAAAUCAGCUUAUUUCAACACUAUAAGCUAUACGAAUUUCUUUUCUACUCUCCAAGGGAAGAACUUGUGAUAGGCGCUGAGGCAAAAUGUGUUGACGAAAGAGAUUCCAGACAAGGCUCAGAAGUGGAACUAGCGCAAGUGAUAGAACUUUUAAAGCAAGCCGAUGAUUCUUUUCCAGCUCCUCUAGAAGAAGGCAUAUCUUAUGACAUCUAUUCAACAUUUAUAGCACCACCAUCACCAGUUAUGAAAACUGAGGAGACUGAUGAAGAAUGCCCAAGUCCCUUAAGGGAAUUCCAGCCAGAAACUGAGUCCGUAGAAGAGGAUCCAUUGUGUGGCUACACCAUUGAAGAUGUAGAGUCAGUUCUGGGUCAACUCACGGAUGAAGCUAUAGAAAAGAUUCAGACCGAGAUAAACGAAAAACUGCAAAUUCAGGAAAAGGCCUUUAAUGUAAAAAUAGAAAAACUGAAAAAAGCCUGAGGACAGAGGUGUCCAAGGAGAGUACUGCGGAGCUUUUUCAGAAACAAACACAGAACAAGAGCAGCUCCGUACAGCAACAGCAGAAGUGAGUCUGCUUCACAAUUUUGUGAGAGUAAGCUCAAAUCCAAGUCUCUCUUAAAUCUGGACUAAUUAGAAUUGCGUUCACCCCCCGUUUUACUCUCUACUAUCCUUUUACAAUAGCUGAAUUUAUUCCCCAAGUGUAAAACUGAACAGAUUCAAUCUUCCAAAGAUGGAGACGUGUAUGCAGGAGAAAAACCGGGAUAAGCAUAAUUCUUUGGAAAGCAUAAUUUUGAUAGUCUUAAUAGCACAGGGUGUUCAUCAUAAAAGAUGACAAGGCCAACUUUUUAAGAAAAAAGAUCUAAAUAAAAUUAGGUUUUAUCCAUUUUACUAAAUGAACCUCUGCCUUGCCGAAACACAAUGAAAAUCCCCCGCUGACAUUCACAGAGUAGAACUUCCAGAACAAGUCAUUACAUGCGUUUGUAUUGCCAUUAUUUUUCUUCUUUUCAAAUUAAAUUGUUUAGUUUUCUUGUUUAAACGUUUCAGUGUGAAACCAAUUUUCUGAAAUUACAUAAUGCAUUUUGAAGCAC